AUGGGUCCUUCAAUCCCCUCGCGGAAACGGAAAGAGGUUUCCGAAGUUGUCGAGUCCGACGAUGAAUUCGACGGCGCCGAACUCGAGGGCAUCUUGUCGCAGAGCGAAGAUGAUGACGAUGUUGAGGACUCCGAAUCAGAGGGCGAAGAGCCCGAACUCGAUGAGGACGAGGACGAAGAUGAGGAUGAGGAUCCUGAUGUUAGAAGCGACGACGAGGAGACCGAGGGAAUCAAUGGCGAGCCCAAGAGCAAGAGCAAGACAGACGGCGACGACAAGGCGGAUGACGAUGAACCCAACUACAGAGUCGUCAAAGACGCCAAUGGAGGCGUGCGCUACGAGUACGCAGAGAUAGAUCCAGUCUACGACAGCGACGACUCGGAUGCCCAGGGACCAGUCAACACCAUUGGCAACAUUCCGCUCUCCUUCUACGACUCCUACCCACACAUUGGAUAUGAUAUCAACGGCAAGAAAAUUAUGCGGCCAGCCACCGGCGAGGCUCUCGAUGCCCUGCUGGACAGCAUUGAGCUCCCCAAGGGCUGGACUGGUUUGACCGACCCCGAGACGGGCAAGCCGCUGAACCUCAGCCAGGAGGAGCUUGAGCUUCUGAAGAAACUGCAGAUGAAUGAAGUCCCCAGCGACGACUACGAUCCCUACCCAGAUAUGAUCCCCUACUUCACCAGCAUCGAGGAGAAGAUGCCUCUGAGUGCCGCCCCAGAACCCAAGCGACGAUUCGUCCCCUCAAAACACGAAGCGAAGAGGAUAGCCAAGCUGGUGCGCGCCAUCAAGGAAGGAAAGAUUCUUCCCUACAGGCCGCCUGAACCAGAGACGGAGCAGGAGGAUAAGUACUACGACAUCUGGGCCAACGAGGAGCCCCAAGAACGACAUGUGAUGCACAUCCCCGCGCCCAAGCUUGCGCCGCCCGGCUACGAUCUCAGCUAUAACCCUCCUCCCGAGUACUUGCCCACCUCUGAAGAGAAGGAUACGUGGGAGAAGCUCGAUCCUGAGGAGAGAGAGAAGGAAUACCUGCCCAGCAAGUUUGACGCCCUGCGCAAGGUGCCCGCCUAUGGCGAGUUCGUCAAGGAGAGAUUCGAGCGCUGCCUCGACCUCUACCUGGCGCCCAGAGUCCGCAAGAACAGGCUCAACAUCGACCCCAACUCGCUGCUGCCCAAGCUGCCUCGCCCCGAGGAACUGCGGCCGUUCCCUACCGUGUGCCAGACCAUCUUCAAGGGCCACACGAGCCGCGUGCGCACCGUCGCCUUCAGCCCCGACGGCGAAUGGAUCGCGUCCGGCAGCGACGACGGCACCGUCCGCAUCUGGGCUCUCAACGGCCACCAGGAAUGGAGCGCCCAGCUCAGCUCGGCCGACGAGCCGGAGCCCGUCAACAUGGUGCGAUGGCGCCCCAGCAAGGACACCUUCAUCCUGGCCGCCGCCGCGGGCGAGGACCUGUUCUUCAUUGCUCCCCCCAUCGUCAGCGAUGCCACCGAGCAGGCCAGCCGCGACGUCCUCGACGCCGGCUUCGGCUACGCAACCAACGGCGCCUCCGCAGCGGCAACCACCGCAGACGGCGUCAAGAAGGAACCCCCUGCCAAGUGGUCGCGCCCCAGCGCGUCCCUCGUGGCCAAGGGCGUGCUGCUCAAGUUCGCCGUGCGCUCCACCAUCAAGACCAUCAACUGGCACCGCCGCGGCGACUUCCUGUGCACCGUCUCCCCCACCGGCCAGCGCAGCUCCGUCAUCAUCCACACGCUCUCCAAGCACCUCAGCCAGGUGCCCUUCCGCAAGCUGCCCGGCCUCGCCCAGACGGCCCAGUUCCACCCGUCGCGCCCCUACUUCUUCGUCGCCACCCAGCGCAUGAUCCGCUGCUACGACCUGCAGCGCCAGGAGCUCGUCAAGAUCAUCCAGCCCGGCGCCCGCUGGAUCUCCUCCAUGGACAUCCACCCGGGAGGCGACAACCUCAUCGUCGGCUCCUACGACCGCCGCCUGCUGUGGCACGACCUCGACCUGUCCAACCGCCCUUACAAGACCAUGCGCUUCCACCCGGAGGCCAUCCGCGCCGUAAAGUUCCACCGCGGGCUGCCCCUGUUCGCCGACGCCAGCGACGACGGCUCGCUGCAAAUCUUCCACGGAAAGGUCGUCGGCGACCUGAUGGAGAACGCCACCAUUGUCCCCGUCAAGAUGCUCAGAGGCCACAAGGUCGACAAGAAGCUCGGUGUCAUGGACGUCGACUGGCAUCCAAAGCACCCCUGGAUUGUCAGUGCCGGUGCCGAUAUGACAUGCAGGCUAUGGGCGUAA